AUGCCACCUGAACGCCCCAAUGUACCGGUGAAGCUGUCCUUGCCCUUGCAAUACCAGCAGGACAUCUUCACCGAACUGCGCUCGGAGGAUGAGUUGGUGAUUCUUGCUCGGGGCCUUGGCCUCUUACGCCUGGUGACGAAUUUGCUACAUUUCUAUGAUGCUGCAGGGAACAAUUUGGUGCUUGUUGUUGGCGCAGAUGACCGCGAAAAUGAAUGGAUUGGAGAAGCAUUGGCUGAGCACUAUGCUAUCAGCAAAACCCCUCUUGCCAGGGGGCUCAAGGUGAUCAAUACGGACAGGGCCACGGUUCCGAUGCGCGAGAAGAUCUAUUCCGAAGGUGGUAUCCUGAGUGUAACAUCCAGGAUACUAAUAGUUGACUUUCUGUCGAAGCUGCUCGACCCUGAGAAGGUCACUGGCAUGAUCGUGCUUCAUGCUGAUAAGAUUGUGGCAACGUCUAUUGAAGCCUUCAUUAUCCGGGCAUAUCGAGAGCACAACAAACGUGGAUUCUUAAAGGCCUUCUCUGACUCCCCGGAACCAUUCACGACCGGAUUUGCCCCUUUGGCGAAUUCCCUGCGCAACCUCUUCCUUCGCAAGACCUCGUUAUGGCCACGCUUCCAUGUCACCGUCGCGGAGGCUCUCGAGGGCCAUCGAAAAGCGGAGGUGAUCGAACUUGAAGUCCCGAUGAGUGAUAAGAUGCGCGAGAUACAGAACGCCGUCCUUGAGUGCGUGGAGAUUUGUAUAGGAGAGCUAAAGAAAGCGAACACUGGACUUGACAUGGCAGACUGGACCCUCGACAGUGCUUUACAUAGGUCUUUCGAUAUUGCAAUUAGGCGCCAACUGGAUCCCAUAUGGCACCGUGUGAGCUUCCGGACCAGACAGAUCGUCAGUGAUUUAUCAGAUCUUAGGGCAAUUCUCCAUGCUUUGCUCACCUAUGACGCCGUCUCAUUCCUCAAAUAUCUUGAUACGAUUGUCACAGCACAUACUCCGCCUCCUGGGUCCACGAAACAUAGCUAUUCACCAUGGCUGUUCCUCGACGCAGCCGAUGUGCUUUUCCAGACCGCGAGAUCAAGAGUAUAUCAGGGGCGAAUCAGCAACGAUGUAGUUCGCUCAUCAUCCACGUCUUUACCUACCACACUCCAGCCCGUUCUGGAAGAACAGCCAAAAUGGGAAGUCGUAGCGGAGGUCCUGCAAGAAAUUGAAACGGACGCAUAUCUCAAUCCAGUCAAGGUGGACGAGUCCAACAGUACUGUCCUGAUCAUGUGCAGUGACCAACGGACCUGUCGGCAACUUCGCGAGUACAUGGGCACAAUGCAUGCCAACGUGAGUAGCAAGAAGCAGGAGACAAGGGAUACAUUGGAUCCAGGUGAUGCCAUCCACGAGAAAAAGGGUUCCGCUGAAGUGAUGAUGCGCCGAAGGCUGCGGGAUUAUAUGGACUGGAAGUUAUCCUUGUCUAAUGUUAGCAAGAACUUUUCGUCAAACCCCGCGGGUGACGGUUCCCAGUCGCCUGCGGUGAAUUCACCUGGUUCUCUGAAUCAAGGGAGAGCCCCAAUGAACAAGCGGCGCCGAGUCCGAGGAGGAGGCACUCCAUCCGUCCCAGCACGCGCGCCCAACAGCGGUAUCCAAGUAGAUAUUGAACCUCCGGCCCAGGUGUCGGCACUUCUAGAUGAAAUCCAGCCUACUGAGGUCGAAGAGACCCAAAAAGAGGAGGUUAUCAUCGAUGAUUUGGAAGAUAUGGACGAUUACUACGAAUUGUACGAUAUGGAUGACUUGGUUAUCAUACACCCUUACGACGGUGAUAUGGAUGAGCAUAUUCUGGAGGAGGUUCGGCCUCGGUACAUCAUCAUGUACGAGCCAGACCCUGCAUUCAUUCGACGAGUCGAGGUCUACCGCAGCUCCCAUGUUGGGAGGGACGUACGCGUUUAUUUCAUCUACUACGGGGGAUCUGUUGAAGAACAGCGCUACUUGAGCGCCGUACGGCGAGAGAAAGACUCGUUCACAAAGCUCAUCAAAGAGAAAAGCAACAUGGCCGUCACCAUCACACAUGACAAGAGUCAAGUAGACCCUCAAGAACAGUUCCUUCGCACUGUGAACACCCGUAUUGCAGGAGGCGGCCGACUAGCCGCAACAGCAUCACCACCACGAGUCGUGAUAGAUGUACGCGAGUUCAGAAGCGCCCUUCCAUCCCUCCUACAUGGCAACAACAUGAUUGUCGUCCCAUGCCAACUCACAGUGGGCGACUACAUCCUCACGCCCGACAUCUGCGUAGAACGCAAAUCAGUCCGCGAUCUGAUAUCCUCCUUACGGAACGGCCGUCUCUACAACCAAGCAGAAACCAUGCUCCAACACUACAAGAACCCCCUUCUUCUUAUCGAAUUCGAUGAAAACAAAUCCUUCACCUUCGACGCCUUCGCCUCCGCAACCACCCCCGGCACAACCUUUCUCACCGACUUCGGUUUCUCUUCCUCCGGCACAAGCACCCUAUCCGCAAACAGCUCCCUCGUCAACCCAUCUAGCCCCAAAUCCGCCCAGCACUUACUCGUUCUCCUAACUCUCACCUUCCCCCGGCUCAAGAUCAUCUGGUCCUCUUCCCCCUACCAAACCGCAGAGAUCUUCGCCGAGCUGAAGAAGAACAACCCGGAGCCGGAUCCGAUUCGGGCCGUUCAGACUGGGCUAGACAUGGAUAUUGCGGCGUCAUCGCACUCCGGCGAUAUUAUGGCUGCGGCGGGGAUCGAGCAUCGGGUCUUUAACCUCUUGCCUCAGGAUAUGCUUCGGGCGGUUCCGGGUGUUAAUCCUAAUGUCCUUGAGCGGUUGAUUGUGGAGACGGAGAAUAUUCAAGAGAUUGCGAAUAUGAGCGUGGAGCAGUUGGAUCCGUUGGUUGGGAUAGAAACGGCUCGGAAGAUAGUGGGGUUCUUUCGUAAAAGUGUGUUUGAGAGUUGA